GGCCGCACGUGCCUGGCCAAGACCAAAGACGGUGCACCAACCAAGGCCACAGUCUGGUGUGCUCUCGCCCUCAGGAACACCAAUGGCACAUCUGUGCAUGUAGAGAUAUCAGACGAUAGAACUUAUUUGGUCAUCUACAUGAACGAACAGGAUUACUCCGCGAGAUUCAGAGAUAAUGAAAAUUUCAACGCAAGAGAUGGCUCCAUGUUUAUACAGAAAAUCAACGGCUCUCUCAGCGUCUCCACGCCUGACCACGUCGGAGUGACCAUAACACUGACCACUGGACUUUUAGAUAUUUCUCCUGUGGUGGACGAGCAGUACAAGAACAUGACCUCUGGGUUGCUAGGCAACUUCAACGACAAAACAGAUGAUGAAUAUAUAAUGCCUAACGGCACACAACUUCCAGCGGGUAUUACAGAGCGAGAGGUCUUCAGCUACGGACAGACAUGGGCUGUGACUGACGCCAACAGCGUUUUCCGCCGAAAACAAGGCCAGACGGCCGCCACUUUCUUCAACAGCACCUUCGAACCAAUCUACUUGGAUGAAGCCAGUGACAGCGCACGCACAGAAGCAGAGACAGUCUGCGGCGGAGUUGCGAAUCUGCCUUGUAUCUUUGAUUACAUUGCCACGAACGACACGCAGGUGGCACUUGGAACUUUGGAGGCUGUCGUUGCGUACACCACAGACGAGGCCAAGCUAGACAACCGUGCUCCGGUCAUAGAAGGAAACUCCCAAAUCAGGGCCGUUGUCAACGAGACCUUCACCUUCCAGCUGAACUCCUCCGAUCCUGACAACAACGCCAUUGUGUAUGAGCUGCUCAAGCAGCCAGCUUCCAACGUCUUCAUCUACACCGACGAGGGCAACGGUAUUUUCAGGGCAAGUUUCACGCCCUCUGACUUGUCGCCAGUGCAGAUACAAUAUCGACCAGUGCACUGAGAACAGCCACUCCUGCGCUCAGAUUUGUAUCAACGAAAUCGGAGGAUUCAGUUGUGACUGCUACCCUGGUUUUGUGCGCAGUGGCGUUGACUUCAUGAAUUGUACAAAAAUAGAAGAUGCUGAUCCGUGUGCAAACCUUACUGAUGAAUGUGAGUACGGGUGCCUCAACGACUCGGGAUCGCCAAAGUGUUUUUGUCAAGUCGGUUUUAACCUUGCACCCGACGGCAAAAAGUGUGUGGAUGACAACGAAUGUGACCUGAACUUGUGUUCUCAAUUUUGUAAUAACACGGAAGGCAGCUAUAUGUGUUCCUGCUAUCCGGGAUAUACCUUGGCCGCAGACAGGCUCGAUUGUGAAAGUUGCCCCUCGAACUUCUUUGGCGUCGACUGCAAACAACGUUGCGAAUGUCGAGGGAGAGCCGAGCGGUGCGAUAACACUCGGGGAUGUAUCUGCAAUCAGUUCUGGACUGGACCCAAUUGCGAGACAGAUGUGGACGAAUGUGAGACAGUAGCCAACAUUUGCCCAGAUGACAAACAGUGUAGGAAUACCAACGGCUCCUACGUGUGCGAGUGUCCAGUGGGUUUUACAGACACCCACAACAACGGUAGUUGUUAUGAUGUCAACGAAUGUCUUUCGGCUGCUGUGCACAACUGCCCCCAAGACUGUGUCAACAACCCAGGAUCUUAUGCAUGCAGAUGUAAAGAAGGCUACAUUUAUGUGAGCGCCAACAACUCAUGCAUAGAUAUCAAUGAAUGUGAGACAGCGUUGUCAGGUUGCCAGCACAUCUGUGUGAACCAGGAAGGCAGCUUCAACUGUGAAUGCUACAGUGGUUUCGUAUUGCAAGCAGACAGAAAAACUUGCCUGCAAUUCGAAGAGGUGUGUGCAAGCUACAGUGUGAACUGCAGCUAUGCCUGCAGAGUUGAGGGGAACGAUCCAAAGUGUUACUGUCCGAAAGGUUUUGAGCUGUCUUCAGAUGGAUACUCUUGCAUAGAUGUGGUCGAGUGCCAGGACACAACCGGUACGCUCAACAAGUGCACCGAUCCCGACACCUGCACCAACUCCCAAGGCUCCUACACGUGUGACUGUCCCGCGGGCUCGGAGCUGCAGAACGACAAGAGAACAUGUCAAGCCUGUGAUGACUACCACUGGGGAGAGAACUGUGCUAAUGAGUGUAGCUGCAACCCCAAAGGAACCAGAGAGUGCAAUAAGGUCAUUGGCUGUGUGUGUCUGGAAGGAUACCUGGGUGUCCGGUGUGACGAUGACAUCGAUGAAUGUGCUGCGACAACGGACAUCUGCAAUUCUACGUCUGCCAACUGCAUCAACACCCAAGGCUCUUACAUCUGUCAGUGCUUAACCGGAUACCAGAAACAGCUCGACGGUUCUUGCAAAGAUAUUGACGAGUGCGACUCAUCCGUGUGCGACCACAAGUGCAAUAACACUAUGGGUAGUUACAUCUGCUCUUGCUACCCUGGAUUCCGUAGCGAGGGCGACAACUGCUUCGACAUUGACGAGUGCGCCGUUCCGGGCCUGAAUGAAUGCGAACAACUCUGCCGUAACACAGAGGGGAGCUUUGCUUGCGAGUGCUUUAGCGGAUUCAGACUCAACACGACAUCCAGGAACACUUGCUUGAGAAUAAGUGCUACUGAGUGUGUUACCAAGAAGGAUAAUUGUUCCCAUAGCUGUGUCGUUGAUGGCAAUCAAGAAACAUGUAUAUGCCCAUCAGGUUUCGUUCUUCAGGGCGACGGAUUCACAUGUGAAGACGUCGACGAAUGUCUCACCAACCCCUGCGUCAAUGCCCAGGAAUGUAAGAACGAACCGGUGGGCUCUUUCUCUUGCGUGUGCGCCAACGGGACUAAGCUAGCUGGAGACAAGGUCAAAUGUCAAGAUUGUGACGACGGAUUCUUUGGUGAACAGUGUGCCCAGCAGUGUAUCUGCGACACCACGCACGGCAACUGCUCCCGUGUGGACGGUACGUGCAACUGCUUCGAAGGAUGGACUGGGGUCUACUGUGACCAAGAUGUCGACGAGUGUACUCGAUCUCCCGACCCCGUGCAGUGUGGUGACAACUCAUAUUGUGUCAAUGCUCCAGGCAGUUACAGGUGCGAGUGUAACAUCGGUUUCUUCAGGACAGGGGCUGGUGAAUGCACUGACUGUGACGCUACUCACUAUGGCCAAGACUGUGCUCAAACCUGUCAAUGUGAAUAUACCAACACCCUGGACUGUGACAAUGUGAAUGGGGCCUGCACUUGUCAAAACGGCUGGAAUGGUACCCUUUGCACAGUUGAUUUCGAUGAAUGCACAGAGGUUACAAACUACUGUUCUGGGCCCUUUGAAAAUUGUAGCAACUUGAACGGUUCUGCGGAGUGUCUCUGUAUCACGGGUUACGCCAGACCAGAUGUCAAUGCCUCUUGUCAAGCUUGCGAUAGUUACAAGUACGGCGACAACUGCCAGAAUGAUUGUACGUGUGUACCUGCCAACACAGCCAGCUGCAGUAACGUGUACGGCAACUGUACUUGUAAUGGUUUCUGGGAGGGAGUCGACUGUUCCACUGACAUAGACGAAUGCCAGGUUAAUCAAAAUCUCUGUGAUUCCGUCACCGAGCAAUGCCAGAAUAAUGUUGGCGCUCCACCUGAUUGCCUUUGCGUCAUUGGCUACGAACGACCAAAUGCCACUGCUCAAUGCCAAGCCUGUGACGCCACCCACUACGGCCAAGACUGUAAUCAGACCUGUCAAUGUGAAUAUGCCAACACCCUGGACUGUGACAAUGGGAACGGAACCUGCACCUGUAAAAUCGGCUGGGGCGGUUCCCUCUGUACGGUUGACAUCCAUGAAUGUCAAGAGAAUUCAAGCUUCUGUUCUGGACCCUUUGAAAGGUGUAACAACUUGAACGGCUCUGCGGAAUGUUUGUGUAAAUCGGGGUACGAAAGACCAAAUACUGGUGAUGAUUGUGAAGAUGUGAACGAGUGUCUCAAUGAUGCUUUGAGCGACUGCAGUGAUACACAGCUGUGUGUCAAUACAAAUGGAUCUUUCUCCUGUCAAAAUGAUGUACUCCCGUACAAUUUGAAGGUCACACUUGGCUAUAGGAACGAUCAGAUCGAUCCGGACGUCUUUGAUAACACAACGGCUGCGUUCAGGGAGCUGAGGAAGGAGAUUGAGGCUGCGCUUCUUCAAUAUGGAGUCAGUAACAUCGGACCAUCCAUUGCACGGGUGAUGGUAGUUGAGUUCCGGAACGGGUCUGUCAUUGCCCUGGGAUUUGUCCAGGUGGAUGAGACAAAGACAAACAACCCACCUGGUGACGCUGCUGCCUUGGCUCACGAGCUGGCGAACGCCAACACGCUGACGGUCAACGGCGCGGCUAUUCCCAUCAGCUCCCUCGAGUACAACAAUAUUCCAGUGACACCAACCGUGCAAAAAUGUGAUCUCCUGAACUGCCCAGUGGGUACAGUGUGCCAGGUGAUCAGCGGGAAACCCAAUUGUACGGAGGCGGCACCAGACAGCGACAGCGACAGAGAUCUCAUCAUCGGUCUGUCCGUGGGGCUGCCCUUGUUCCUCCUCCUUACAAUCAUUAUCGCUAUCCUCGUUUGCCUGUACGUGCGCAGGAAGAGAUCUGCUGGCGAUGCUUCCAGCACACCUUCUGUCGACAGGGACGCUCCAUUCCGCAGCGUUUUUGCCACCCAGGUGGCCACCAAGGGCUCAUGGGGAGCACCCAGUCGCACCCAAAUGUACUCGCCAGACGCCUAUUCGGAGGCGGCCACAAGCGAGAGCAGCGGUGACGGCCACUUGCUGAAGUCUCGGAACAAAGGCCGCUCGGACUUCCAGGACUCCCCCUGGUAUGACAACCGUGGUGCCGGAGCCAGCCCGCGGGAGAGAGAGUCCAGAGGAGGAGCCCCUACAGAGACCACGGGCCCAACGUCCAAUUUCUCGUGGGAGUACAUGUUCCGACUGUUGGAGCCACAUAGAGACAUUGAAAUUCCAAGACCAAACGUGGCACCAAACGUAAAUGAGAUGUACACGCCUGGACGUUCGAAAAAGCCCGACUCUAUGGCGUAAUAAGGACCAAGCUGUACGAUGGACAACAGAACUGAAGGGAAAGAAUGUGCACAGAUGACGUCAACAGAUGGGUACUGGACAGAGCCAAGAAAGCUGGGUUUUUAUUUUGUUGGUAUUCAAAUGUGUUCAUUCCUUUACAUCCAUUCAUCAUUGCACCUUUCGAGAGGAUGUCUUUUUUCUUCCUCUCCCUUCCACUCUCUCGCAUUCACGGCCUGAGCAAUGACUCUUCAGUAAAAAUGAAAUAGUUUUUGUUUACACCGUGUUUAGUCUCAUCUGUCACUAAGGGAACCCCCCCCCUCUGUCACUAAGGGACCCCCCCCAUCUCCCGUUAUCUCCUGUUUUUGAAUUUUUGAUGUCGCAAUGACGACGAUAAAUGUCUCUACAAUUUGCUACGACAAUGGCUUAAGUCAGACUCAAGACCAAAAGCAAUCUUGUCCACCAAGGACAAUCAUCAAACAGUGAUUUAUCACUUCAUGUUAAAAAGGACGCACGAAACAUUUUCCAAGUGAAAAAAAAAAGUAAUAGCAGUCUAAUUUAGGAAACGGCCUGGAAUUAGUAAGUUUUUUUUUCGAUCUUUUAAAAACUGUGAUAAGUGACUUCAACCUCUAUUAUAGCCAUGUGGCAGCAUCAUAUCGUUAUAAUCCCCGCAUCUUAAGUAUAAUUCUUGUCUGGGAUGUUAAUGAUAUGCCUUUUGUUUCCGCUAUGUUAAUAUUGUUAGCAAUAUCAUUAACCUUUUUACCGCGUUGGGUUUCAAAUACGAUAACCAGUCAUUGCACUCUUAAUAUGACGUUUGAGAACAUAAAUAACAUGUGACAAAUAUCACUACAUCGGAAAAUAGGUUUUAAAAAAGCUUUCUUGUACCUCCUAUGUUAUUGUAAGAAGGUUCGUUGUCUCUUUGAGUAUGUUCUUUAUCGGAAAUUUAAAAGGUAUUCCAUUGUCAAGUACUUCCAUAGAUAGAUCUAGUGGCCGAAUCGUUUAUUUGCCACUCCAAAAGUAUUUCUUCUUUUUUUUCUCUCGUAGCGACAUGUAAUUUCCUUAAUCUAGGAAAUCACAACUUUAAUGUCAUGUUCAAGAAUUAUGAGAAUGCACCAUUGGUGAUGUUUAAAUAAAACAUGGCAAUUGUAAAAAAAACGUUUAAGAUUCUCAGGGAAAAUGUUUUGUUCAAGUUGGCACGACUCAUUCCUUCUUGGCGCUUUUAGAAACUGUCGCUAGCCUUACCUAUACUGUUGUGAAAAAGAAAAGAUAACGCUUAAAUCAAGCAAAUCUGUUUUAAAAUAAUAAAGUGUUAUCGUUCAUUUGACAAGGCAAAAAAGAAACAAAAAACAAACACAACAAGAACAGAAAAACGAAUUGAUACCUCUGCCGCAUACUUAUCGGGUGGAACUUGAUUUGUUCACAGACCAAAACAGUUCUUCUAGUACAAAUAAUUUUGUUUUUGCUUCUAAGAAUAUUGCUCACGUUUAUAUGUAGACCUACUCUAAUGUAGAUGAAGUACAGUCAUGAACGCUUUUAUUAGACAUGGCAUGUAUAUAAAGGCCAGCCUUUAUAGUGUUUUGAUCAGCAAAUAUUUUAGAACGCUACUUUGCUUUCUGGCACGACUGGAAGGGUUCUAAAAAUACACCAUGGCGUUUCGCGAUGGUUUCAUCCGGAAUACCCAGCAUGUAUUUAGUUUAUGAUAUCAUCAGAGUGUCUUUCGCAAAUAACCCCCCCCCCACCCCCAAUCCCCCAACAAACAACAACUGUAAAAGAAAUGUUGCAAAGUCAAACUUUCAAAUAUACUCAAUUCUCAAUCUGUUGAUUCGUAUAUUGAUAUACUGUACUAUACUUUUUAAAAAAAGUUUCUUUUCUGAGUGGGUUUCUUGAAUGCUUGUUAUUGUUGCCCCAAAGAAACUUUGUUUUUCUUAUCUUUUGCAUUUAUGCUGCAUAUUUUGUGAAGAUUCAAUGGUGUUUUAUGAAGUUAUAUAAUACAAUAAUGUUUUAUAAUAUAUAUCCUUCGUAAUGGUUUUAUGUGCUCUUGUGAUCUUGGUCUGGAGGCGGCAGAAUGAGAUAGGAAACAUUGACUACGUCGAACAGAUUCAGUUACGUUUGGUAGUUUUCUUACAAUCAUAAUGUUAUCAAUGAUGAUCAUCUGUCUCCACAUCCUGCUUAUCAGGCUGAGAUUGAAACUAUCGAACCUGUGGAAAAAUUUACGUUAGAUGUUCAUUUCUUAGCGACAUUGAUUUGACUUGAAAUAAGUUCAUGAUACAUUGACAAAACAAAACAACAAACAACAAUAGCAAAAAACAACAACUGCAGCAAUAAGAACAACAACAACAUAAAAUAAAAAACAAAACAAAAACAAAACAUACAACCCCUCAAAUCCCAGAUUGAGUAAAUAAUCGUUUAGAAAGACUAGGUGUGAUGUUAAGACGUGUUCUGACACCUCCCCCUCCCUUACGCCCCCCUCCUAAAAAAAUGAAAUAAAGCUACUGAUAUCAGGGUAGACGUAUUCAUAAUUUCACUGUCAUAUUCUGCUGCCCCCAGGCCAUUUAACAUUUCUUGCCGUCUUGAAACUCGUAGCCUGAAACGUGUUUUCCCAUUUCACCCUUGGCAUGCUUAUACACGAUUGUUUGGAUUUGAU